AUGGUACAAACUUUUACAACUCAUCAAAAGAGCACUAAAAUUUCAAUAAAAAAAGUUAAUCCUCAAACUCAACAACAACAACAGCUUGGUGGAACAAAAAAUAAUGAUAACCCAUGGAAUUAUUGGAUUCAGUAUUUAAAAGUGUUUUGUCAACGUUCCGCAAUACAUGGUAUCAGUUAUUUGGCCGAAGAUAACAUUCAUAAAUUUGAAAAUUCAUCAUUUCCUGUCUAUGCAAUUCAAUAUCCAGCUGUCGUUUUAUGUAGCAGUAAUCGUUUAAAUUGGCUAAGAAUUGAUGAAGCGAAAAAACGUUUUUUACCAACAAAUCGAUCUAUUGAAAUGGAAAACUUAUUUGAGAAAUUUUUUUCCAAAUUUGAAUCUUUAAAAUUUGGUAAUGUGAAGAAAUUUUUAAUGGACAGUGGUGUUGGUGGAGAAAUUCCUAUCAAAGAAAUUGGAGUGGGAAAAUAUCCAUAUAAAUCGUCAUCAGCAGGACCUUUUGGUGGAUUAAAAGGUUCAGUUUAUUUCAAUGUAACAUACAAAAGACCCGGUAAUACAGACCGUAAUGGAUACCAAUUGAUUAUCCAGGAUCCUGAUCAAUGGGCAGGCUCUGCAAGUCCUUUUAUACCGUUACAAACUGAAGCAUUUUUAAGCUUACAGCCAAUUUUAUUUCAUGCAAUGAAUGAGACAAGAAAAAUCAAUCCUGAAGUUCGACAGUGUCUUUUUAUGGAUGAAGAAGGGCAAGAAGAUAAAACACUUCCUGGUAAAUUAAUGAGAUACAGUUUUGAAGAUUGCUUUGCUGAGUGUCAAAGAAAGCAUACUGGAAUAUUUUGCAACUGUACAAUCGAAGUCUUUCAUCCUAUAGGCAAGGACUAUCCCCCAUGCAAAGCGUCAAAUUUUCGCUGUUUAUAUGAAAAUGCUCAUAUUUUUAAAUUUACGAAAAAUAUGGAAGAAGAUAAAUUUGUCAAUAACAGCGGAAUGGGUAUGACUUGCUCUUGUUUAAGGUACUGUUACUCUCUAAGAUUAACUUUCGAUAUGGAAUAUGAUAAUUUGUUUGAUGAAACUUACAAUAACAUUGUUACAUUUGAUGUGUCAUAUGCUAGCGAAACGAUGCCAUAUUAUAAAACGGAACUAGUUAUGAAUUGGUUAGAUUUACUAGUAUCUUUUGGUGGUAUAGUUGGUUUAUUUCUAGGUUGUUCACUUAUAACAAUGGUUGAAAUUUUUUACCAUUUCACAAUUGGCUUAAUUUUGUACUGGAGAAAGAGUAGGAGUGAGGAAAAUUUUAAUUCUUACAAUGAAAAUCAAUGGGCUAGAAAAAGUAACAAAUUUUAA